UUCUUUCAUUCAUACUCAGUUCUCUUUCCUUGCUUUCCUAUGGCCACUACAGCCAGACAGUCAAAGCCGCCCAGGAAGGGCCCCGAUCCCGCUGCCCGUCGUCCGCCUGCCUGGGGCUCGCGUCCGUCGCCCAGUUUUUCUCCUGGCCCCGCCAACGCACGCCUUCCCAAUGGCAACCAGCAGCCCGCUGGCGCUUUUCCCCCUCUCAUCAACGGAGCCCGUCCCUCGGACGCCAGCCCCCAUGCCCGGAUCCUGCAGCAGAUCUCGGGUCUGACGGGAACCACGGUCACGAUUUCGACCAAGACCAACAGUCGCUUCGAGGGCGUAGUCCAGUCCACCAGCGCUGAGGGCGACACGCAGGGUGUGACCCUGAAGGACGUCAAGGAGAUAUCCAACCCGGGCGCGCCUCUCAAGGAACAGCAAUUCAUCGCUGUUACCAACAUUCAGGAGUGGUCGUCGGGCCCAGCUGACGCUAAGGUGCCCAACGGUGCUGGUGCCGACAGCUUCAAGACGGACACCGACAUAUCACAGAAGACGAACCCUCGCCGCGAGCGGGAGUUGCAGGCAUGGCAGCCUGAAGCUGCUGAAGGUACCGCUCAGGGUGCCACAGCGCCCCCUGCGCCGGGCAACCGCGACGAGAUGACGUUCGGCGCCGGAGCCGCGGGCGGGUCUUGGGACCAAUUUGCCGUCAACGAGAAGUUGUUUGGCGUGAAGGCCGGUUUCGACGAAGAGGCUUACACGACCAAGCUGGACAGGAAUGCUCCUGACUUCAAGGAGAAGGAGCGGAAGGCGCAGCAGAUUGCGAACGAGAUCAUGGGUACCGUGGUAAACAACCCUCACAUCGCGGAGGAGCGUAUCAUGAAUUUGAGCACGGAUGGAUCAGGUGUGAACGAAGAGGACAAGUACGGUGCCGUUGUGCGCAGCGCGGGCGCGUAUGUUCCUCCCGGUGCUCGUAAGGGAGGCCCCCCUACGACUCCUCCUGCUAAGGGAGAUCUGCCGAAGGUGGCUAUCAAUGCUCCUGACGGCACCAGCGUCGCGGCUCCGACCACGGCGUCUACUCCCACUACGAGUAAGGUCCCUUCGCCCGCCCCCGGGGCGACCAGCGCAACGAAGCCGGCAGAUGCCGUGCCCGCGUUCAGGAACUUCGUGUCGACUGAGAAGGACAGGCUGAUGAAGAAGAAGCAGGCGCUGAUGAAGAGUGAGAUGGACAAGCGACUCUCAGACCUUGUCAGCUUCAGCAAGUCGUUCAAGCUGAACAAGCCCAUUCCCGACGACCUCGUACCUAUCCUCGCGAAGGACGAGGAGAAACAGCGUCUCAUCAAGGAGAAGACUGUUCGUGACUCGGAGGACCAGCGCGCACGUUCGAUCGGCGUCUCCAGCACGCUCACCGCUGCCCCUGUCGCACGGCCGCUGCCUUCUGCAGGCUACACGCCCUCAGGCAAGCCUGUCGCAGAGACGGCUAAGCAGAUGCCCGCCGCCAAGGCGAGUGCAAGCUCUGGCGGGAAGACUGCGACGGCUCCCAGCAAGCCCGGCGACAAGAAGAUUUCGAUGGUUAUUCAGGCGAUCCCGCCCUUCAAGGGCAAGCGCACGAGCCCGGGACAGCCGCAGAGUGCUGUGCCUUCUGUAAACGGGGGUGUCAAGCCCGCCGCGAGCCCGCUGUCGCCGACGGCUGUCAACAGGCUGAACGUGAACGCGUCGUCGUUCCGGCCGACCGCGAAGAACUCAUCUCUUUCGCCCGGCGGCUCGCCGAACCCGAACGGAACGUCAUCGACGUCUUCGCCGAAGGGCAAGCCCGCGGAGGCCGCGUCCCCGCAAGGCCCGCCGAACCCCUUCUUUGGCACGCGUCUGCCGAAGCGCACGCCCCCGGUGCACAUCAAGGACGACUUCAACCCUUUCAAGAACCACAAGGUCAUCGAGGCCUCUCAAGUCGCGCCAACAUGGCCGUUCAGCGGAAAGCGGUACAUGCAGAUGUUCCCCCCGAUCCAGCAGCAGCCUCAGCAGCAAUCCCCGCCCAUGGCGCAACCUGGGCCCCCUCCACAGAUGCCCCCCGCUACAUACGAGGAGGACCCCAACGCACAGGCGGCGGCCCGCGGGUACGUGUAUGCGUACCCGCCAUACGGCUACCCUGGUCAGAUGCAGAUGGUACAACCGAUGAUGCCUGGGAUGGGCCCGCCCCCGCCUGGAGCGUACAUGCCUGGACCUUACAUGCAGCCCAUGCACUAUCCUAUGCCCCCACCAAAUGGUGCGUAUCUUGUUCACAACGGUGCUGGGGCAUGGCCUGACGGGCGGCCGCCCGGCGCUCCAGGGAUGUAUCCCUCCCCACAAAUGGGUCAAAUGCCUCCUCCUCAGUACAUGCAGCCGCCCCCGCCCGGCGCGUACCCGCCCCCACCAAACGGCGCCGGGCCUCGCCCAUCAAUGCCGCCGACGCCGAUCCCCUCGCACGCGCACCCAUACUACCACCACCAGAGCCCGCAGCUGCAACACGCGAUGCCCUACCAGAUGAUGAUGCCUCCGCCUGGCCCCGGCGGCGUCCCGCCCCAUCCGUACGACCCCUCCGGGCAGCCGCCGCCGCCCGUGCAGAUGGGCAACCACGCUUAAGCAGGUGCCCUGCGUCCUGCUUGAACCCGUGCUGUCCGCUCUCGCUGUCCGUCCGUCGUGCAUUGCCGCUGCCGUUGCCUCACUACCUCGCCCACCACCACUCGCCACCUCUCCCCGCCGCAUCUUCCCUGCCCCACGCUCACACCCAUCGACAUCAUCCCUCCCACUGUCAUCGCCACUCCCUCGCCCCUCUCUCUUACGUAGCCCACCAUCAUCUCAUCCGCGAACAUGCUGUCGCGCGGGUCGCGCACCGGGGCGGUGCACACGACGGGUCUUACGCCCUAGAGUCGAAAGUGCGCGCACGCACUCCUCGAUGUGGGCGAGGCCCGGCCCGUGUGCAUACCGCCCUGCUGCGCCACAGCCGACCCCGCCGACCCGCCCCCGCACGAUCCACGUCCAUUUGUCCGUCCAGCCGAGCCUCAGUCCAUCACCGCCGCCGCCUCCCCC